AUGAUAAGAACACGGGAGCUCUUACGGUUGCCGACACCCCAGUGGUUGGGACCUCAGUGGCUGGGUCCCAAAAGACUGGUCACGAAGUUAAUUCCUCAGGACGACGAGUGGAAUGAGCAAGACCGCAAGGAGUCUCGAUACAACCGCAUUCGGGCUCGUGUGCCCACGGGACACCCGCAGUUGGCGAAGAAGCUGUUGGCCAAGAGAGAUGAGUUGACGGAGGAGAGUUGCAGCUAUGAACAGUCGACUAGCAACUGUUCGUCUAGUGAGGAGGAGCCUGUGGAAGAGCCGCCGAAGAGGAGGUCUUCCAGGCCGUCGAAAACGGGUGGCGAUGGACAAGUAGAGAAGACUGCGAAGAAGAAACCGUCGUCCUCUGAACGGGGUCAUCGCGACUCAACGACGAAGGACCGCGAGAGUGGCAGAGAACGCGAGAGUGGCAAAGACCGCGAAAGUGGCAAAGACCGCGAUUGCGGCAGAACUCGAGAAAGCGGGAAGGACCGUGACGGUGAUAAAAAUCGUGACGGUGAUAAAAAUCGUGACGGUGGCAAGAACCAUGACUCCCUGAAGGAACGAUCCAAGGAUCGUAGUAGCAGGGACCGCAGUAGGGAUCGCACCAAGGAGUCGACCAAGGAGUUAACGAAGGCCGGGUCAAGCAAGGAAGCGAAAAAAGAGCGCAGAUCUGAGAGCCGGACCUUGGAAAGCCGGACUUCCGAAAGCCGUUCCUCUCCGGAUAGAGUUAAGGAAGAAAAGGAGCGCUCACAUAGAAGACACCAUCACCAUCACUCGUCCUCCUCCAAGACUACUUCCACUAAAGAGCAUAAGUCGAAGAAACAUCGACACCACGAUAGCACUUCAGACGACUCGGACGAAAAUUCUGACGUAUCCAUUCAAGUUAUUGUACAACAGAGUAACCUUCUGACCCAUCGUUGA